GUGGUGUUGGGUCUUGAGAGUGGUGUUGGUGGGGCAGUUACGGUCCCCGUUGCUAGUAGUUAACAAGCUAAGUCGCUAAGUUGACUGCGUUUAAGUUUUUCGGUAAAACACAACCUAUAGUUGCUUACAGCUAAGCAUAAAAAUAUAGAUAUUUGUUGCUAUUACAUUUUCUAAAUUGUUUGUUUUAUCACUUUACCCACAGGGUGCAAGUCUUGGUAGAUAGCUGAAAUAAGUCAGCGUCAAGCUGUUCAUAGACCAAAUUGAGAUUUCCGUUGCUCUACAAAAUAAAAGCAUACCGUCAGACCAUUCAUGUUUUGAUCACAAAAUGCUUCACAGCGUUAACACAAAGCUGGGAACAAUGUAAACGCAACGCAAAUUGAAUCCGUAUCUAAAAGUUAUAUCUUCUGGCCCAGUCCAGAUACGACAUGUAUCAUUUUCGCUUUUCUUUUUUUUUCUUCUUCUUUUUGAACAACUCGAAAUCUCUAACAGGAUUGUUUUUGUCGCUCAGGGGAACCAACCGGAGUUCAUGUCGCUAGCUUGGCUAACCCAGCCUGCUAGCGAGUGAUUUGCCAGCAUGCUAAUGGGGACAGUUUAACCGCAGCACACUGCAGUGAGUCUCUCCUGUCUUGAGUCCGUAGAGGUUCCAGCCGAUCUGAAGUCCGCCGAGCCAUGCGACAGUGGUCCGUCCCCACUGCGACCCUUCGCGCUGAGCCACUCCCGGGGUGCCUGUCCGUGUCACCCCCUCCGUCGGACCCCAGUAUGGAGGCGUGCGAGGUGGAGCCGCGCUACACCAUCGAGCAGAUCGACCUCCUGCAGCGCCUGCGCCUCUCCGGCAUGACCAAACCCCAGAUCCUCCAUGCACUGGAGUCCCUGGAGAGGCUGGACCCGGACCAUCGCCCACCGCCACCCCCGUUGCCGCCACGCUGCGACUCCCACCCGGCCCCGCCCAGCAGCGCCACACCCGCCGCCGCCCCCGCCCCGUCCUCGUCGUCCUCCUCGUCGUCCUCCUCGCUCUCUCUGGCCUCGGCCACCACCCAGACCUCGGGCCUCGAGGGCGCGGCGCUGUCGCCCAGCAACAGCUACGAGGCUUCGCCGCCACCCUUGUACCCCCCCAGCGUGGUGGUGCAGCGGGCGUUCAGCUACGAUAUGAUGGGCGAGGAGGAGUGGGACCUGGAGGAGAAGGUGGAGGAGUACAUGAGAAGAGACAGCAACCUUGUGAAAGAGGAGAUCAAGACGUUCCUGAACAACCGGCGGAUCUCUCAGGCCAUCGUAGGCCAGGUCACAGGCAUCAGCCAGAGCUACAUCUCCCAGUGGCUGCUGCAGCAAGGCCUGGAGAUGAGCGACUCCAAGCGCAGAGCCUUCUACCGCUGGUACCUGCUGGAGAGGAACAACCCAGGUCUGCGAGGUCAAGGAAGGACUCGGGACACAUCUAUGGUUUCAGAGGGAAGACAAAAUGAUAAAGGCCUGAGGUGGAGUGAAAGCCAGCACAGCGUGAGUCCCAUGGCCAGGGCCAGGGCAGGGGACAGAGAUGGGACGGUAGCAGGGGCGAGUGGCACCCUCCCCAACAUCUUCCCCAACCCCAACACCAACCUGAUGCCCAACCACAACCCGUCCUGGAGCAGGCAGAGAGAGCUGCUGGUGCACCUGCUGCCGUGGUACACAGCCGCCGCAGCGGCUGCCGCCCAGCCAGGUGCGACCUUGUCGAUGCGCUCUUUGGUGAAGGAGGAACCCGACUGGAGAACGGGUAUCAUCGCCAGCGACAGAGCAGGGAUCGUAGGCGGUCCUCUGAGGCUGCGCAGAGGAAGCAGGUUCACCUGGAGAAAGGAGUGCCAGUCCAUCAUGGAGAGCUUCUUCAUGGAGAAUCAGUAUCCAGAUGAGGCGAAGCGCGAGGAGAUCGCCAGCGCCUGUAAUUCUGUCAUCCAGAAACCAGGCUGUAAGCUGUCAGAGUUUGAGCGGGUGACUGCGUUGAAGGUGUACAACUGGUUCGCCAACCGUCGGAAGGAGAUGAAGAGAAGAGCAAACAUAGAAGCCGCCAUCUUGGAAAGCCAUGGGAUCGAGGUGCCAAGUCCGAGCUGCCACUCGAACGGCGAAGAGGGAGAGCUGCAAGAGUUUGUAGAUCAAGUGAACCAUCGGUUCUCAGAGCAGGAGGACGCCACUUCCCAGAAAAUCGUUGACCAACAAGAUGGCUCCGCGCUGAUCACUGGGGAGGCGAUGGCGGCCCCGCUGAGCCCCGACCCUCAGGGGGCAGAACAGAAGGACGGGGAUUCAAAAAGGGAGUCUGUGGACGAGGAGUGACUAAACCCAGCCAGACUUUCAAUCGUCAUGUCUGAAUAUUAUUCAGUAUAAAACAGAACAGUAAAAUGCCUCCUGCUCCACCCGCGGGUGGAACCUUCUGGGCCAAUGGAAGGAUGGGGUUGGGGGUUGGUUGAAGCCCUUUGAGGUGCCUCAGGUGAGGAGGCCACUGCAUUUAUCAACAGUAAUCCUGCUUAUAAUAAUGGCAAUAUACAGUCUACGUAUAGGUAUAUAAGGUCUGUGAUAUAUAAAUCAAUAUAUAGUGCAUUCCAAGAUGGUAUCAAAAUGCCUAAAUCCUGUGAGGGGAGCAUUAUGUAAAGGACGCCUCACCAUUUGAACAUAAGCUGUUUUUCUUGUUUAUCUUUUGCUACAUGUCUGGUUUACUCCAGCUGCUGAGUGGAACAAGCUGAGCCUGCAGGUCAGGUUUUGAUUGGCUGUUGUAGAGAGUGCGGCUUCUGUCUUUUGAUGAAACAGAAAAGACAACAAAAAACAAAAAAUCGCCGUCUUGUUGCUGGGUUGUCUUUGUCUGGUUUAUAAAGCGAUUGAUAGGUUUUAAUCAAUCAGCACGUGUCGUUGACACUAAAUCUGUACAACCUGGAGGGAUAACUCAGGUAAUCCCAAAGUGACAAAUUGCACCACCUUUCCUUUUAUUCUGUCUGUGUAUUAUUUUUAUUUUUUUUAAUCAAAAUUGUGCUAAAAGAAAACAGUGUUAUUUAUACUUUUUUGAUUUCAUGGUGUCCCGGACUAGAGAUGCUCCGAGAAGUCAACUGCUGACUCUAAUCAGACAAUUUUCAACAAUCAGUCCAAAACAACCACCACUACAUGUAACCAAUAGCAGGUAGAGCAUACAGCCACACUCUUCUGUGUGGAUGUUGUUACUGUGGGAAGAACACUUGAUUAUUUUCGGUUUUAGUCAUAAAGUUAGUUUUCUAUGAAAUGUUGAGACAUAUCUGCAUAUUAAUCAGGCCGCGUGAGAGAGCAACACUUUUAGCAGAUAACAGGAAGGCUGAAUAGACUGGUGUACACCAAAACAAACAAAAAAAAAACACCUGGGCAUCCUGCUGUCUUGUCUCCCAAGUCAGCUUUAUAGAAAUUCAACUUUUAGACAUUUGACCCAAACAACUUACUUGCAUUGGAUGGAAAUUGCAAAGCCUAUGCCCACAGAGGACUCUGUUUACGGAAAGGUGCGGCGGUCUCUCCGUGACCGUUAUGUUACGCUUCGGGGUGUGACGUGUCGUAUACUGAAGCGCGAGAGUUGUCCACAGGUUGGCGUGUAGGAAGGCGUGUGCGAAUACGUACGUCCAGCAGCUACGUGACCGCGCUCGACUAUUCAACUCAGGGCGAGGAGUGGGAGAGCCUUUAAGGUAAGAAUUUACAUAUCACGGAAAACACACAGGCUGCUGUUUCAGUAAUGCUAGCGAACUUACCGCUAAUAUAAGAUGCUACAAGUAGUUUAGAAAGGUAAACUUUGGGAUAAUUCCGCCUUCUGAUAUUGUAAUGAAACAGUUUUACACAACUGGCCUUUCACACAGAAACAGAAUAUAUACAGUACAGACCAAAAGUUUGGACACACCUUUUAAUUCAAUGAGUUUCCUUUA